ACCCCCAACCUAGGAAUGGCCAACAUUGUGGUGAAGACCAUUUGGCAGUCCAAGGAAAUAAACGAGGCCGGAGACACACCCACAGGGAUUGAGAGUUGGGCUCAGGGCAGCAAGGAGCAGCUGGGAAAGCCUGCCAGCGUCAAGGUCUUCCCCAAAAAGAAGAAAGCCGUCUCUUUCCAUGGAGUUGAGCCCCAUUUGACCGGCGAAAGCCCCAAUCUCAACUUGAAGCGUUCUUCGGCUUGUACCAAUGUUUCUCUCCUGAACCUAACUGAUGGGGAACAUGAGGAUUCCACCAUCGAGAAUGAAUCCACAGAUGAUGGGGGCCUGCCAGGGGGAGCAGUGGGAGAAAGACAGGAUUCCCCAAUUCCCAUCAAGCCAGCUUGGUCAGAAGAUGAGGAUGAUACUUCUGGCCAGCAGCAGGAAGUGAGCAGUAGUGGCCUGUUGCGAGCCAAGGACUCCAUCACCAGCCUCAAGGAGAGGACGCCCAAGGUCAAGUGCCAUGUUCACAGUCUGCAGAGUGAGUGCACGAUGUUGUGUGAAAACCUGGAGCAGCACAGGCAGAUGGCUGAAGAUCUAGACGACUACUGUACCCAGUUGAAGGAAAGCUGCCGAAAGGUAACCAAAUCUGUGGAGGAUGCUGAGAUUAAGACCAGCCUGCUGAAGAAAAACUCAGUCCUCCUGGAGGAGAAGCUGCAUGACUUGCAGCAAAAGGUCGAAGCAGAAGACCUUGGUCGGCCAGAGCUGGAGGAGAUCAGGAAAAGCAUGCUGGAGCUGGCCGGGUGGGCUCAGCGAGAUGGGCUGACCCAGAAGGAGGUGCUGCGGCUGCUGGCCCAGCUGGGGGUGCGCUUGGAGGGAGCGCUUCCCCAGUGGGAGAGGACCCAGGAGGAACAAGGCCGGGUGCUCAGGAUGCUUCGGGAGGAACUGGACGACGUCUCUGCCACAGCAAAGCGGACAUCGGUGUCUCUCACUCAGCUCUGUGCAGACCUGGGUGGGCUCUGGCAAGUGAAGCCACUCCUGGAGGAUGUAUCCCGCCACCUUGCCACACUCAGGAACACAGAAGUGCCCAAUCGGCCUCCUCCGAGUUGUGCCAGGUGUUCCAGCUACAGCAUUGUGAAUGCAGAGAUGCUGCGACAGAUGGUUGAGCAGGCGAUGGCACCCGUUCUGGAGGAGCUGAAGCAGCGGGCCCCAUCAGCAGGCAUGUGCCCCAGCUGCCAGCAUUUGCAGAAGAAGAUAAUGGAUCUGGAACAGUCGGCCUUGAAGGCUCAUGCACAAACAGAAGCACUGAGUUCGAACGUGCGUCUGGCCCAGGAUGAGGCCCUGAGAGCCAAAAACUAUCUGGAGCGGACAAGGAUCGCUGUAGAGGAUAAGACCCACAGCCUGGGUUAUCUGCAGGACAAAUUGAGCUCCCUCCACUCACAGCUGUCUCCGGUCUCCCCAGAAGGAGCGCCCCAGUCCCCAGCAAAUGCCAUCGCUGCUUCCGUCACCCUCAGCAAGCAGAGCUCUUGCCCUGCUGAGCUGAACCGUCACCCCCAAUAAAAGAGGGAGAUGGCCAUGGCCUGCUGUUCUUCCUUACUCAUUGGAAACUAGAGGGCAGUUUCAGCCAGGAGAAGGUCUUUCUUCUGAACAGAGCAGCCCGCUUUCUGGUGUGCUGGGCUGGGAAAUGGCCUGGAGGACUGAAACCGGAGGUAGAAUUGACACCCUGGGAAAUAUGUUUAUUUAUUUAUCAAUUUUAUACGCCACCCAUCUCACUGUGCCAGU